AUGAAAAAGUCUCAAACAUUCUCAAUUAUUGCUCUUUUUGGAUUGGCCGUUCAAACACUGAGUAAAACCACCGUUUCCAUCAUUCACGCGUUUCCAUCGGGUGUAUCACUGGAGAAUCUUGCCAUCGACUCAUCCAGGAACAGCAUUCUGGUCACCAGCAACAAUACUCCUUCUCUCUAUCAAAUCAAUCUCUCAUUCCAUCAGCAUCAAAAUAAUUCAGCAAAGGUGAUACACACAUUUCCCAACGCCACCGGCCUACUCGGAAUUACCAAAUACGCACCUGAUACCUUUGCGGUUAUUGUAGGCAGUUUUUCUAUUGCCCACAUUGGUCAGAAUACCUCCUUCUCGGUUUGGAGCAUUAAAUUCCUUAAUACUGGUUACUCCCACACCGCUGAGACCAAUAUUCAGGUGCACAAGAUUGCCGACAUCCCUGGGGCUCGAAUGCUAAAUGGCAUGACAUCUAUGGAUGAAAGCUCAGAGGCAGUCUUGGUUGGUGACAGUCUAGCGGGUCGAGUGUACAGAUUAUGUACUCGCUCAGGCGAAGUCAAGGUGGUUCUUGAAGAUGAUGAGACUAUGAAGCCAGAAAACCAUCCUGGGGAACAGAUCACAUUACGCUCAGUUGCCUUAAAUGGAAUCAGGAAGGUCACCAUCACCAACGAUCAUGACCAUGGGAACAGAACCUAUCUAUACUACAGUAACAGCAACAAAACUACCAUUAACCGGGUUUUGAUCGAUCCUCUUACUGGGUAUUCCAGAGGUCCAUUCACCACUUUGACAAGCAACGAUGGUAGUCUUUCACCAGAUGAUCUAGCGUAUAAUUACGACUCAGGUGAUGUCUAUUUUGCUGGUCACAUGGAUGACGUUGUUGUUAAAGUCGAUUCAGACAAAAAGGAAACAGUGUUGGCACAUGUGAUAGCUCCCAGCAGCCUGGUAUUUGAAGAGGGUGAGCAGAGCCACAUUCUCUAUUGCACAACUGCUGGUGGACCUGAGUUUGGGGCAGAAAGGGAAGGGGGGAAGCUCUUAUCAAUCCAGGUGGAACUGGACUACCAGUCGUUUUAG